AUGAAUAUCAUGAAGAAGGCACGCCCACUACUUUCUGAUCAACUCAAACAAGCUAUCCAAGAAGCUAGAAGCCAGUCUAAUUCAACCCAAACCGAUUCAACCCAAGCCUCCACUCGCCACCGCCGUCGCACAAAAGACCAGGAAGCUAAAGAACUCCAACAGAAGGUUGACGAAGGCUGGAAGGAGAUGCUAAAGCGAUGGAACCGAGUCGUCUUUGCCCUAACAAUUGAUGACUUCAAUACACAAUGGGCAGUAUUCAAAGAGAGAUAUGCCGAUCCAAUUUUCAGUCCUCUUCUCGACUACAUACAGGCUGAAUGGAUUGAUGAUUACCCCGAGAAGUUUCUUCAUUUCCACACAAAGCAAUACCUUCAUCUCAAUGAAAUCGCUACUUCUCGUACAGAGGGAGGACACUGGCUCCUAAAGCAGGAUCUUCUAGUGUCCACAAAUGACUUGCUAGUAGUUCUCCAGACCUUUGAGCGCGUUGUCGAACUACAAUUCAGUCGAAUUACGAACAAGAUCGAGGACGAGAAGAUCAAAAUGCUUACACAUUUGUUUCUGCACCGCCAAUUAAUCCUCUCCUUCUUAUUCAAGAUCCUCUCCAAGUUCGACGACGGGGACGUCCACGGGGAGCGAGAAACUUAA